CGAACCUUCGAGCCCGAUGUUCGGCGCGCUAUCGACUGUGCCGUAAAAGCAUGCUUGUGCGGCACGAGUCGAUUUCCGCGCCAGGGUCGUUACAAUACUUUAGGUCAUUGGAUUGUUUACAGACAAUCACAGAUUGUCAUGUGUUGGGUGGGAAGUCACAAUCUCUGGAAGUCACCCUCAGAGUUUAGUCAGCAACACGUGACAACGGAGGGCGCUCUGAGCGAGCUGGGAUUGACAUAGGGUCGGACUCCAUUUAGCUUGGGAACCAGUCAGACCAGAUAUGGCAGCCAACAGGGUCGGAAGGACGCACGCAGAUGAAGUCCACUCGUCAGAUUUGGGAACGUCUCCGGAACACGGAGGCAACCUUCAGAAGAGACAAGCUCGAGUUACUGUGAAAUACAACAGAAAAGAGCUACAGAGGCGACUAGACGUGGAGAAAUGGAUAGACGACUGUUUGAACGAGCUGUACUUGAGCAAGGAGGAAGACAUGCCAGACGAGGUAAACAUUGAUGACCUGAUAGAUCUACCUAGCAAUGAGGAGCGAGUGAAAAAGUUACAGGAGAUCCUUCAGACAUGCAGCAACAACACUGAGACCUUCAUCGGCGAGCUGGUGGUCAAGCUGGAAGGCCUUCACAAGCAGGAGAAGCUGGCUACAGAGGGCAUCGAACACCCCUCCCUUUGCAACCACCCCCAGCACCGCCAUGAGCCGUACCACUUCAACGACCCCCACUGCCCCCGCACCCACACCCACACCCACCAGACCCUCUGACCUCACCACACAGCUGACCUCUGACUAGGGGUGUAAAAUUCUUUCCCAAAAUUACCUGGUUUUCCAUAAAUUCCUGUUGGAAUAUUUCUGGAAUCAGGAGGGAAUAAGCAGGGAGGAAAUCCUCCAACUGUUCCCGGUAAUCUUCCAAUCGGGAUUGCUGAAAAAGCUGGGAAUUUGGGGAACGUUUCUGGAAUUUUGUUUCCCAGCAACCCCAUUUCAUCCAUUGCCCCCUCCCCCAAAACACCCUCGGACCACCCUCGGACUCGAUUCACACACUGAUCUUAACAUGUCACAUGAACAACAUCUGUUGCCAUGCUGUCCAGGCACUUGGGAUCACAUCCCACUGGGCCCACAUUGGCAUUUCAACAUGGAGAAUUGGGUAUUUGCUAGAUAUGUUGAUCAAUGAGCUUUCAAACCAUUUUGAAAAAGACAGCCAAAAGUUUGAAUUCCCAUCUAAAAGCACAACCACAUUUAUUUAGUUUAUUUGUCACCUUCUUUUUAACAAUUUAAAAGCACAACAAAGCUAAAAUAGUUUAUUUAUAAAACAACUUAAUGUGUUAUCAUUGUGCUUCAUUUAAUAGCACAACCAUAUAACCUGAAUUCCAGUUGAUUACAUUAAAGUACAUGGUGCAAGUGAUCAAUGCCGUUUGAGAUUCUGUGCAGAUUAUUAUAGUAAUUGUGGAGAUUGUCUAUUUUUAGUUGAAUCCUGGGCUGAAUUUAAAUAAUAGCUCUUGAUCACUUCCCAAAUGCUAUACAGGCCUAAAUAGCCUCAUUGAUGAUAUAUGAUUUAUAAAGUAUGGUUACAUAUUUGCAUGUUGCGCAAAUCCAUUUUUCUGGACACCGGAUGAAGUAGGCCUAAAUAUUUAUUUUUCAUUUUGUUAAAGAGAUACUUUAUUUUGGCAAUGAGGCCUUUUUAUCUACAGUACUUCCUCAGAGUCAGAUGAACUUGUGGAUACCAUUUUAUGUCUCUGCGGGCAGUUUGAAGGUAGUUAGCAACUUCCUUCAUGAUAUCCACGAGUUCAUCUGACUCUGGGGAAGUACUGUAGAUAAAAUCCCACAUAAGUAUCACUUUAAGACAUUCCAGGACUGGACUUGUCCAGAAUAGAUAAAUUACUCUUUCAUCUUUCUAUUUGUAAAAUACUAAAGACAUUUUCGGUCCAUUUUUCCAAAGAAAAUGUUAUCUAGAAUAAAAAACAUAAAAGCUGUAGACUGAUCAACUCUAGUACUGUAGGAGGUGCUGUCCAGCCUAUUGUUUUUUUCUUAUAGUGGAUAUUACAUUGAAGAUCUGUUGUUGUUUCAAAGGUACAAAUUCAACAUAUUUUAUUCAAGGUUUCUCUAUGUUGAAAUCCUGUGGUUGAAAUGUUACACUCGAAAGAAAUGCUAUGUUUUUUCCACAUAGAUUCCACUUCACAAUACGUUAACAAAUUACAUUGAAACAAUGUUGAUUCAAGCAGUUUGUGCCCAGUGGGAUAUCGAUCAGGUCACUUCUGAGUAAUGUAUGUCUGAGUUGCAUCCACCAAGUAAAGUCAUUCUUGAGUA